CAACCCCCCCUCACCCCCUCUCCCUCCAUUCUCCCUCACACCCGACCCAUUAUAGACGUUUGCAUUGCCCACAAGGCAUAGCAUCACACGCUCUCAUUCUUGAAUCCGCCACAACCUCCCCACCAACCAGAAAACCCAGAAAAACGCUUCUACGCGUCCCCCAGAGAAAAGCCCCUCUGAAAAGACCAAAAAGACUAUAGACUCAUCUCUCCCCCCCACCUUCCGAUAUCUAUAGAUUUUCAAUGAUGGCUCCUGCUGCUACCGCCGCCGCUUCCGGUGCCAAGGCUGGCGCCUUCGACCUCGCGACCAUUGUCGUCGCCGACAAGGCCGCUGCCACUGAGGCCCAGGUCAACCUCGCCGCUGCCGUUAAGAAGGAGGGCGUCGAGUUCCUCGGCCAGAUUGGCUUCACCGACGCUAUUGUCAAGGCCCUCACCGACAAGAAGUCGCCCGAGGUCCGCGCCAACGCCGCUGGCGCCAUCUCGACCCUCAUCGAGAACGGUGCUGGUAUCUACCUUGAGCCCUACGUCGUCUCGUCGGCUGCCGGCACCAUCUUCCCCGCCCUUGUCGAGGCUUUCGGCGACAAGGACCAGAAGAUUGUCGCUCCCCAGGCUGUCGCCGCCGUCAAGGCCAUUGUUGAGGCCAUGAACGGUGCCGCCACCUCGGUCCUCCUCCCCACUCUGCUCACCCAGAUCCAGACUGCUGGCAAGUGGCAGGUCAAGUCCAACUCGCUUCUUGUCCUCCAGCAGAUGAUCAAGUCGGACCCCGAGCAGAUGGGUCUUGCCAUGCCCGACCUUGUUCCCGUCCUUGCCGGUGCCGUCUGGGACACCAAGUCCGACGUCAAGAAGGCCGCCAAGACUACCCUCGAGAAGGCCACCAAGCUUGUUCAGAACAAGGACAUCGAGAAGUUCAUCCCUGCCCUUGUCAAGUCGCUCCUUAACCCCAUUGAGGAGGUCCCCAAGACCAUUGUCUUGCUCUCCGCUACUACCUUCGUUUCCGAGGUUACCGCCCCCACCAUCUCCCUCAUCGCGCCCCUGCUUAUCCGUGGUCUCGAUGAGCGCCCCACCGCUACCAAGCGUAAGGUUGCCGUUAUCACCGACAACAUGUCCAAGCUUGUCGACUCGGAGUACACCGUCCGCCCCUUCCUUCCCCAGCUCCUCCCCCGUCUUAUCAAGACUGCCGAGACCAUUGCCGACCCCGAGGCCCGCUCGGUCGCCAACCGUGCUAUUGCCACCCUUCGCCGUAUCGGCAAGGUCCCCGCCGAGUCGGACGGUACCGACCUCCCCCCUCUCCGUGUCGCCGAGGGCCCUUCGCUCGCCGCCGACUUUGUUGCCGCCAUCAAGAAGUCGGGUGGCCCCGACGUUGAGGCUUCCAACCCCGCUGUUGCCUACGCCGGUGUCCUCGCCGCUUCGCUCGUCAACGCCCACGACUACACCCAGUCGCUCUGGGAGGCUACUGUUCCCCAGUACCUCAAGCUCGCCCUCGGCUCGUUCGACGUCCUCCCCGCUGUCCGCGAGGUUCUCCAGAAGAAGGCCGACGAGGAGACCACCGACGACAUCAAGUUUGACGACGAGGAGGAGGGUGAGGACCUCUGCAACAUUGACCAGUUCAACCUUGCCUACGGUGCCAAGAUUCUUCUCCACCACGCCAACCUCCGUCUCAAGCGUGGCCACCGCUACGGUCUCCUUGGCCGUAACGGUACCGGCAAGUCGACCCUCAUGAACGCCAUUGUCGCCAACCAGGUCGAGGGCUUCCCCGACCCGUCGCAGGUCCGUACCUUCUACGUCCAGCACGACAUCGAUGGCUCUGAGGAGGACAUCUCCAUCAUCGACUGGGUUCUUGCCGACAAGCGUCUUCUUGCCGACGAGAAGGAGAUCCGCACGACCCUCGAGUCGGUCGGCUUCGACUCGGAGAAGCAGAAGCACUCUAUCGGCUCGCUCUCGGGUGGUUGGAAGAUGAAGCUCGCCCUCGCUCGUGCCAUCCUCUUCAAGGCCGACAUUCUCCUCCUUGACGAGCCUACCAACCAUCUCGACGUUAUCAACGUGACUUGGCUCAUCGACUACCUUACCUCGCUCACCCACUGCACUUCGAUCAUGGUCUCGCACGACUCGGACUUCCUUAACCGCACCAUCACCGACGUUCUCCACCUCAACAACUUCAAGCUCAAGCGCUACCCCGGCAACCUCGAGGCCUUCAUCAACCACGUCCCCGAGGCCCGCUCGUACUUCCAGCUUGACGUCGCUGAGGACUACCAGUUCAAGCUCCCCGACCCCCCUCUUCUUGACGGUGUCAAGACCAAGGAGAAGUCGCUCCUCAAGAUGCGUGACGUCUCGUUCCAGUACCCUGGCUCGCCCGUCCAGCAGCUCUACAACGUCAACCUCCAGGUCUCGCUCUCGUCGCGUGUCGCCGUUCUCGGUCCCAACGGUUCCGGAAAGUCGACCCUCGUCAAGCUCCUUACCGGCGAGACUGAGCCCAACAUUGGCGGUACCGUCUGGAAGCACCCUAACCUCGUCAUUGGUUACGUUGCCCAGCACGCUUUCCACCACAUCGACCAGCACCUUGACUCGACUCCUCUCGAGUACAUGCUCUGGCGUUACCAGACCGGUGAGGACCUCGAGGAGCUGAGCAAGGCUACCCGUGUCCUUACCGAGGAGGAGAAGAAGAAGAUGGCCGAGGGUGCCACCGUCAUCAAGGACGGUGUCAAGCGCACCAUUGACGAGCUCGUUGCCCGUAAGAAGCUCAAGCAGUCUUACGAGUACGAGGUUUCGUUCAAGGGCCUCUCUUCCGCCGAGAACAUGUGGCUCUCGCGUGACGAGCUUGUCUCGCGUGGCUUCGAGAAGAAGGUCAUCGAGCUCGACACCCGUGAGGCCCAGCGUCUUGGUCUCAUGCGCCCUCUCGUCCGUCGCGAGAUCGAGAAGCACUUCGAGGACUUUGGUCUCGAGUCCGAGUUCGUCUCGCACAACUCGAUGCGCGGUCUCUCCGGUGGCCAGAAGGUCAAGGUCGUCCUUGGUGCCGCUACGUGGCGUCGCCCUCACGUCAUCUGUCUCGACGAGCCUACCAACUACCUCGACCGCGAGUCGCUCGCCGCUCUUAUCGCUGCCCUCAAGGCCUUUGACGGUGGUGUUCUGAUCAUCACUCACAAUCAGGAAUUCUCCGAAUCGAUCUGUUCCGAGGUCUGGGCCAUGUCUGGUGGUCACCUCACUGCCUCCGGCCACAACUGGGUCGAGGGCCAGGGCUCUGGCGCUCGUAUCGACCUCCCCAAGGAGGGCGACGACGAGGUCGAGUACGACGCUCUCGGAAACCCCAUCGCCAAGGCCAAGAAGGAGAAGAAGAAGAGCGCAGCCGAACUUCGAAAGGCUAAGAAGGACCGUAUGGCUCGCCGCAAGCGCGGCGAGGAGGUCUGGAGUGACGAGGAAUGAGGUGUUCGUUCCCCGUAACUGCUAGAUUUUAGAUACCCGUGUCCCCCUCCUUGGUAGACCCACUCCCUCAUUCUCUGCAUCGGGCUCGCAAGGCCGCUACAUCACCGCCUCGCGGGUUUUAUGCAUCAUUCUCUCAAA